AUGAUGAUGAUGAAGCGCCAAUCCUACCAGGGCGGAUAUUCAGUGGAGGCCCACUUAGUGGCUAACCCACCCGAGCUGGAUCAAAUGAGUCCCGGACCGGGGGAGAAAAGCCUGGGUUGUCUCUCCGGAGAACGGAGAACCAGCGUCAUUAUCGCCAUGGGCGUCGUGGCCACCGCCCUGUUCUGCUGUUGUGUCGCCGGAGCAAUCCUCUACGCAUACUAUGGCCCUUACGGCGCAGCACCCGCCGCACGAAUAAAACCGUGCGAGAAGAUCUACUGCCGUUUCGGAGCGGAAUGCCACGUUAGCGAUGACAAAGCGUACUGUCGCUGUAGGAAAACGUGUUCGGAUACUUUUGCGCCCGUGUGCGGUUCCGACGGAAUCACGUAUUCAUCGGAAUGCAAGCUCAAAAUGGCUUCGUGUAUCAGUCAGAAACGGAUCUAUGUCGAGAAAAUCGGACCAUGUGACACCCAGGACCCUUGUCUGGAUAAAGAGUGCCAAUUCGGUGCCGAGUGUAAGGUACGUCUCGACGGGAAGGCGGCAGAAUGCGUUUGCCCGGAGAAGUGUACCUCCUACGGAGACUCAAAAGGAUCCCGGCCUGUCUGUGGUUCCGAUGGAAAAGACUAUCCAAGUGUCUGCGAGCUCAAGAGAUCGGCUUGCAAGGAAAUGCGGCACAUCACGACCAAGUACCAGGGAUCUUGUGACCCUUGCCAGUCUGUCGAGUGUCCUGAACAUCAAGUAUGUCAACUCGACAAGGCGCGGAAUGCAGUUUGUCAAUGCAACUCACAAUGUCCUCGAGAGGUACGGCCGGUGUGCGGCUCGGAUGGGAAGACCUAUUCGAACGAAUGCGCCAUGAGGGUUGAAGCCUGUAUUACGCGGAGACAAAUCAGGGUCCUGUACCAAAAGGAGUGUGAUUCAGUACUCAAUCCAUGCCGAGCUGUCAACUGUGGCCCGGCGCAAGAAUGUGAAAUCGACCGGCAGGGUACAGCUGUGUGCAGCUGUCCGCCUCCUUGUGAACAGGUGGUACGCCCGAUAUGCGGGACGGACGGGGUUACGUACGACUCUAUCUGCGAUCUGAAUAGACAGGCUUGCCUUCAGAACACCGACGUGCAAGUUGCCUACAGCGGAACCUGCGAUGAAAACGGUGCGUGCCACAACUACCCCUGCCAACUGGGAGCUUUCUGCGUGGUUCUACCGAAUGGAUUCCCAUCGUGUGAAUGCCCAACUUGUUCCGAGGAAUUCGAACCUGUCUGCGGUUCCGAUGGAAUUUCUUAUACAAACGAAUGCAAGUUGCGCAAAGAGGCCUGCGAACACAAGAAAGAUAUCUACGUCGAGUACAAGGGACUCUGCGCCGAUUCGUGCGCCAACAAGAAGUGCGACCACUACGCCAUGUGUAAAACGAACAGCGGAAACGCUUUAUGUGAAUGCCCCUCGGAAUGCAAACCGGUGAAACUCCCGGUUUGCGGAAGCAACGGAAAAACUUACGAAAACGAGUGUGAGCUCCAGGUGGACGCUUGUAACUCGAAAUCCGACAUAGCUGUUUCCUCCACGGGACCGUGCGACAUGUGCUCGAACGUCGUAUGUCAUUUCGGUGCUCGUUGCGAAAAUGGCGACUGCGUUUGUCCAACGAGUUGUCCUGACAAUUAUUCUCCGGUUUGUGGUAAUGACGGCGUUACCUACAGCAACGAGUGUGAGUUGCGGACAGCUUCUUGUAAGAAAGGCCGUCAGCUACAGGUUCUCCACUUCAAAGAAUGCGACGACGAAAUUGUCUCCAGUGCAGAGGGGUCUGGCAGCAAAUGCGAGGAAAACUGUCGCUUUGGCGGAAUCUGCAAGCCCCGUUUCUCCGGAGAUCCGAUGGAGUGCCGUUGUGAAUUCAACUGUCCCGACGUUCGAGUAGAUGAGAGCACUUUCGUCUGCGGGUCUGACGGCAAAAAAUACGCUUCCUCUUGCCACCUUCAGAUGGAGGCUUGUAAGAAGCAAAAACAUAUCAAGACCGCACCCAAGGAACGCUGUCUGGCAAAGGAUCUCAAAGCAAUAGGAAUAAAUUCCGGCUAACGUGUCCGCGUUACAGAAGGGAAAAGUUCACUGCCUUGCGAAGGAGGUCUCCCGCUCAAAGAUCCAGCCACAGGCAACGAAUACUACUGCGGCGACGGCGGGAAAACCUGCCCUUCGGGAACCUACUGUCACAAAGGCAUCGGAUUCGCCACCUGCUGCGAGAAGAAAGCCAAAACGACCAAGUGCAUGUUCAGCAAAUACGGAUGUUGCCCGGACAGCAUCACUUCGGCCUUGGGUCCGGCCCAUCUUGGCUGUCCCGGAGCUUGUGGAUGCAACAAAUUGGGUUCGAUUGGGAACAUGUGCGACCCAGUCACGAAACAGUGCCAGUGCAAGCCGGGAGUGGGUGGAUUACGCUGUGAGAGAUGCGAGCCAGGAUACUGGGGUUUGCACCGCAUAGGAGAAGGUCUCCCCGGCUGCUCGUUGUGCGAAUGUCAUCCAUUAGGCUCGGUCAGGGAUGAUUGUGAGCAAAUGACAGGACGCUGCGUAUGUAAACACGGCGUGCAGGGCAUGAAGUGUAACACCUGUCCGAGUGGAGAGGUGCUCAGUGCAGAUGGCUGUACCGACGCCUCUCUCGUUCGACCGAUAAGCGGGACCUGUGCCACUCUAGUGUGCCGUCAUGGCGCCGUGUGCCAGCAGCGGGGUCCUGGUGAAGCGCUAUGUAUGUGCGACGUUAAAUGCUCUCCUGAAGAAGAUACAGGAGGACCGGUUUGUGGGUCCGACGGAAACUCCUACGGCUCCGCUUGUCAACUUCGCGAAUUCAGCUGCCGAACCCAAAAGCACAUCUCAAUCGUGCAUUUCGGACACUGUCAAAUGGAGGACAUCUCACCCACAUCCGGCCCUAUGCGACGCUCGACCGUGGAACGUUGGACUUUGGAUGAUGACCACAAGUCUACCCGGGAAAUAAGCAUGUCCAGUCUGCCCGACGAAUUCAGGCCGACCGAGGCAUCGAAUAGUCUGUUCACGAACGAUGACUCGAUUCAGGUCCCCCAUUUCAACGGGAAAGCAUAUCUAGAACUGCGACGAUUACAAGCCUACCAAGGGCUCUCUCUGGAAAUCGAAUUCAAGGCCUACUCCAGCGACGGCUUACUUCUCUACAACGGACAGACUAUGACAGGAGCGGGAGAUUUCUUGUCAUUAGCUCUUCGCGACGGCCACGUCGAGUUUCGAUACAACUUGGGCAGUGGUACGGUUACACUGAAGUCUCACGAGCGUGUGACUCCUGGGGAAUAUCAUCACGUAAUGAUUCGACGCUAUCACCAAGAUGGAGUGCUUAAAGUCGACAACGGUGCCGAGGUGACCGGCAGAUCAGAUGGGAUCCUGAAAUCACUCGAUCUCGCCGAAAACCUCUACGUAGGAUCUGUCCCUAAACGGAUCGAGGGAAUAUUUCAAAACGUCGGUGUUUCCACUGGUUUCCAAGGCUGCAUCAGUCUUAUUCGGGUAGGGAAGAAACACCUCAACCUGAAAUACCCUCAGUCCAAAGACAUCCUCAGCGCCUACAACAUUCGCGAGUGCACUGAAAACGCUUGUUCUGCUGCACCCUGCAAGAACGGGGCGCUCUGCGAGCCAGUCGGCACCUCGUACAGGUGCGAGUGCCGUCCCGGAUUCGGUGGGAGAGACUGUGAGGACGCGACCCACAAGUGUUCCACUCAUCCCUGCGCUCAUGGCUCGACGUGCGUUCCCACGGACGAUAACAAAUUCUACUGCAAGUGUCCCCCUGGGAAAUCCGGGACAUACUGCGAUACGAGUAUCAAAGCAGCGGGACCGAACUCGGUCGUGUUGUUCAGUGGAUACAGCUUCCUGGUCCUGCCAACCAUGCAAGGGAUCUCUCAGUACUUCACGAUCGACAUCUGGUUCAUGCCAAGGGCAUCAACCGGACUUCUACUGUACAACGGACAGGGAACCACUGGGAAGGGUGAUUUCCUCUCCAUCUCACUGGUUUCUCAACAUGUUGAAUACCGAUACAACCUGGGCGGUGGAGGUGUUAAUGUUUCUUCCACCGUCGUGUUGACAGCACCGAACAUGAUCAGUUUGAACGAAUGGCACUCGAUCCGAGUGACCAGAAGUAAGAAGGAAGGUUCUCUACAAGUCGAUCGAGGACCUGUGGUUCAAGCCGUGUCCAUGGGAUCACUGGACGAACUAAAUCUGGAUCAGCCCUUGUACAUAGGGGGAGUGUCGGGGGAUACUCCGCUGCCGAAAGAUAUCGGCCCCACAGCCGGUUUCGACGGCGCCAUCCAGCGUAUAGUCGUCAACGGCGCGGUUUGGGACAACCUCUUGGCGAGGGCCCGCUCAUCGCACAUGGUAUCGCAGUACCAUGGGGCGCCGUGCGGAAGCCGGCCAUGCAGGAAUGGCGGUAUCUGUACGCCGCUAUUGAACCUAUACACGUGCUCUUGCGCGCCAAACUUCGGCGGUAAGCACUGUGAAAAAGUGCUCUCGACCAGAGAAGAAGAACUCAGCCAGCCGGUGCUCUUCGACGGUCACACUUAUGUGCAUAUACCCCAUAGAUUCGUCUCCAAAGCGGAGAACAAUGAAGAUGAUACCAUCGAGGUUAGAUUCAGAUCGAAGCAGACCAACGGCUUGUUGGCCUGGGUAGCCGAGGGUGGCCCGGCCUCCGUGGGGGUUAACGGAGGCUACAUGGCUCUAGCCCUGGCUGAAGGCCAUCUCGAGUUUAACUUGAAUCUCGGGGAAAUGCGGAAGGCCGUCGUACUACGCAGCACGGCAAAUCUCAACGACGGACGGUGGCAUCACGCAAAAGUUACCGUCAACGCGCAGAUGGCUUCCUUACAAGUCGACAGUUCUCUCACAACAACCGUCGCCAUGGAUCACUCGCUGGAGGAAUUAUCGAGCAGUGGGGUCAUCUGGGUUGGAGGCGCGUCCACUCUACCGGCCCGUCUGCCGUCGGCCUUCUACAACGGGUACAACGGCUGCAUAGCGUACCUAGCGCUCAACGGAGAGUCGCUCACGUUGGCCCUCCACAUACAUCCGGACAAAUUGAGAUCGUGUUCCGAUCGAGACACGGGCCGCGAUCUCAGUAGAUUAUAAAUAUAUGAUGAUCGGGAGCGCUCUAGUCUUGAACUGAAGGCGAUGUAAAAUAAAAUGACUGAAGAGAAGGAGAUCGAAGGUAAGAGGAGAAUCGGAAGGGAUGGAGACUGCGGUGCCUCUGAGCAGCUCAAGUCAACACCGCCUCCGGAAGAUUCUCCCCAGACGGAGAGAUUGUGAGUUCGAGCGAGGACAUGUCGUCGCGAACGGAACCAACUCGGAGCGACAUGACACGGCAAAAACUUCAGCGGGAGGAGCGGUUAUAGAAUUAAGGAAUGGACGAAAAUGUUAGGAAACAGAUCAAAAGUCUUCCGGUCUCGCUAGAACCCCUAAAACUCCAGUCUCAUCACUUAUCGGCGACGGGAACGGAGCGGAAAUCCUUGACGUGCGGACUCCUCAUCGACGAGGGUCCCGGAAAAUAAUAUUUUUUCUUCCCUUGGUCGUUCCGUUGGAAAUGGUCGCCUAGGCAACGAUCUCAACUGAUGCAAUACCACGGUGAAAUCAUAGAUGACUGUCCUCUGCGGAAGUCGCUGACCGAUCCACCAGCCCAACGAAAGGAAUGAUCCUCGAUGUACCAUACAUAUACGCUCCAAAGAUUUGAGAAGAAAAGAAAGGAAGUCCCGAGCUGUACACACUCGUCUGAGGCCGAUGGAAUCGAAAUGGACCGAUGGAAUGAAUCAUUCCAUCGCUCACCCGUGCCGGUACCUUGUUCUUGUGGCUAUCGCCGCAAUUUUCCACAAUGUUCCACCCUCCGGCGCGAACAAUAGGUUCGUCAACCGGGAAGGAGGUUUCUGAGCAAAAAUCACA